AUGAAGUGAAGAGCCCCUUAUCCUUUUGUCACGCGUCGUCGUUGCUGUGUCAGAUUUCCGAAUGUUGACGAAUAAUCGUGAAAAGUGUUCGUCUCGCAAGUUUUUUCAAGUUAACGUGAACAUGUCCGCACUCGCGUCACGAGUCGUCCACAUUCAGCCCAAACUGCUGAAGGGGAUGGUGGGCCUGGUGACGGGUGGGGCGUCAGGAUUGGGCCGGGCAACAGUGGAGCGUCUGGUCCAGAGUGGAGCGUCCGCCGUCAUCCUGGACUUGCCCUCCUCCGAAGGGCGAACGCUGGCGGCCACGCUGGGAGACCGAUGCGCCUUCGCUCCAGCGGAUGUGACGUCGGAGGCGGACGUGCAAUCCGCCGUCAACUUGGCGCGAGACAAGUUUGGCAAAUUGGACCUGGCCGUCAACUGCGCCGGCAUCGCCGUUGCGGUCAAAACCUUCAACUUCAAGAAGGACGUCCCUCACAGCCUGGAGGACUUCCAGCGUGUCAUCAAUGUGAACAUCGCAGGAACGUUCAACGUGAUUCGCCUAACGGUGGGCGCCAUGGCCAAAAACGAGGCGGAUGCGGAUGGCCACAGAGGUUGCAUCAUCAACACUGCGAGCGUGGCAGCCUUUGAUGGGCAGGUUGGCCAAGCAGCAUAUUCGGCAUCCAAAGGCGGCAUUGUAGGAAUGACACUUCCUGUUGCCAGAGAUCUUGCCCCAAUGGGCAUCAGGGUCAUUACCAUAGCACCGGGCCUGUUCUCCACUCCCCUCCUGGCUGGGCUUCCAGAGAAAGUGCGCUCGUUUCUGGCUCGUCAAGUGCCCUUUCCGUCCCGUCUGGGUGACCCCUCCGAGUUUGCCCACUUGGUGACGUCACUCGCCGAGAACCCCAUGAUUAACGGCGAGGUCAUUAGACUGGACGGGGCCAUUCGCAUGCAGCCCUGAAUGUGCACGUGUCUGCAAGGGUUUGCAGGCGCUGAAAUAUUUCUGCUGUAAAAAGCAGCAGGAUGAAAGGAAGGCCCUCAUAUCGUUUCUGAAGGUGACAAUAUGUGUAAAAAGUUGUGUACAUUGCAGUACUAGGUCAUUUGGUAAACAUCCACAUUGAAAAUAAAGGUGAAAACGCAA